CUCCUUCAUCGCCUCCUCCAGGUACAGCACACGAAAAACGGCGGCCAAUGCGGCGUGUGCGGUGACUCCUGGAACAUCCCAGAGCCCCGCCCUCACGAACGCGGAGGACAGUAUGGUAAGGGCGUCAUUACGGCAACGUACACCGAAGGUCAGGUCAUCCCUGUGACCAUCCAAGUGACAGUAAAUCAUAUGGGCUACUACGAAUUCCGCUUGUGUGACAACAACGACCCAAACGCGAGGGAUUCGCAGAGCUGCCUCGACGAACAUCUUUUGGAGAUGGCUGACGGAUCGGGAACCCGCUACGCUCUGAAAGGUGGAUUCCGAAGGAGACACACCGUCCACGUUCAGUUACCGCCAGAGAUUCAUUGCUCUCAUUGCGUCCUGCAGUGGACAUGGGUUGCUAGAAACAACACCGAUUCCUGUCCUGACAGCAUCGGUAAGAACGGAUGUGGACUGCAGCAGUUCUUUGUAAACUGCGCAGAUGUGCGCAUUCUGCCUAGAGGUCAGCCUGCGCUUGACUCGAACUUCACCUUAGGCUCUGAAGAGCAUGUUCCAGAGACGCCCUCGACGUCCGUCACUGAUUGUUUAAAAACCUGUCUCAAAGGUAUCAACUAGGAAUGAUGUUUUCCCUAAUGUCUUGAACUUUGUUUUAGAAAUGGUCUAGGCCUAUAAAAUGUAACCUAACGUGCCCAUGCCAUAUCAACAGAAUUCUAAUAAAUGCACCUGGAAAAUAAUGGUCAGAAUGAUAAACAUAACCUUGAAAUCGAUUAUAUUCGAUGUAUUUUUUGGCUAAACGCAUUUAUGUGCUGCCCUUGAAGAGAGAAAGUUACUUGUGAUAGCACGUUUACAUGAUACUUCUACAUAUUAAUCAUAUUUACCGCGUUUUCAAAAUCUAUAAUUAUUGUGCACAAAGUUAAUAUUUUUAAAUAAAGCAUUUACCAGUAAACUCCCCAAA